UCCGGGAAUAGAUAAUUGAAUGGAUUUACAGGCACAGCAGCGAGAGAGAGAGGUGCUUAUGUGUGUAUUGUAACUGGAAUAAACAGCGGCGAAGAGCACUGCAGAUCAAGCAAAAUUCCAAUUGAAGGUCUUGCUUGACGUGUUACUCGGCCGUUGGACGUUCUUUGAAGAAACACUGAAGACUUUCAAUAGGCAGUUUCUCAUUUUCUUUCGUUGGAGAGAAGAACAGAGGACCAUAGCUGUGCUGGAGGUGGGGGGGGACGGUGGAACAUCUAGGCUGAUGAUCGCAGCCCUCCAGCGGGUACAGACCCAGCAAGAGAGGGCCUGGAGAAGAGAGGCUGGCUGUGGAUCCCGUUGCCAGGCAGGGUGCAUUCUCUGGGGGAUGGAAGCAGCAGGACUCCCCUGCGAGCUCCACAGAUCUCCAGGGUGUGAUUGUGUAGAAGAAUAGCCCUGCUGUUCUCUAAUCCCUCAUCUCCUCUCUUCAUCCCUCUCUCCCCCUACCCUGCUUUGUGAAUUGAGGAUGAGUGUGAGGUGGGACUCACACAGAGACAGGGUCAUGUCUAGGUCACUCUUCCUCCUCUUCCUCUGGUCCCUCUGCUCACCCUGUCUGUCUAUCCAUGCGGAGACAGCAGAGAGCCACAGUACGUUUACCUGUGAGCCAAUAGGACUACGGAUGUGCCAGGACCUGCCUUACAACACCACCUUCAUGCCCAACCUCCUCAACCACUACGACCAGCAGACGGCCGCGCUCGCCAUGGAGCCCUUCCACCCCAUGGUGAACCUGCAGUGUUCGGAGGACCUGAGGAUGUUCCUAUGUGCCCUCUAUGCUCCAGUCUGUAUGGAGUAUGGCCGCGUGUCCAUGCCCUGCCGAGCCCUGUGCCACCGCGCCAAGAGGGACUGCCACAAACUCAUGGAGAUGUUCGGUGUGACCUGGCCAGACGAGAUAGAGUGUAGCAGGUUCCCAGACUGUGACGAGGCCUACCCCCGUACUGUGGACCUGCAAACCAGCGUGGACCCCACAGACAUCUCUCCCAUCUCCAUCCAGAGGGACUACGGCUUCUGGUGCCCCCGCGAGCUCAAGAUGGAGCCUGACCUGGGCUACUCGUUCCUGGGCACGCGCGACUGCUCGGCCCCCUGCCCCAACAUGUACUUCCAGCGCUCGGAGCUCACCUUCGCCCGCUACUUCAUCGGCGUGGUGUCUAUCGUGUGUCUCGCGGCAACGCUCUUCACCUUCCUCACGUUUCUCAUCGACGUCACGAGGUUCCGCUACCCUGAGCGGCCAAUCAUCUUCUACGCCAUCUGCUACAUGAUGGUGUCACUGGUCUUCUUUCUGGGCUUCCUAUUGGAGGACAGGGUGGCGUGCAAUGCGGCGAACCCUGCCCAGUACCGGGCGGCCACCGUCACGCAGGGCUCACACAACAAGGUGUGCUCUCUGUUCUUUAUGGUGCUGUAUUUCUUCACCAUGGCUGGCAGUGUGUGGUGGGUCAUCCUCACCAUCACCUGGUUCCUGGCGGCCGUUCCCAAAUGGGGCAGCGAGGCCAUCGAGAAGAAGGCCCUGCUCUUCCACACCUGCGCUUGGGGCCUGCCCGGCUGCCUCACCGUGGCCCUGCUGGCCCUCAACAAGAUUGAGGGCGACGGUGUGAGUGGCGUGUGCUUCGUAGGCCUCUACGACGUCACAGCGCUGCGCUGGUUCCUGCUAGCACCGCUCUGCCUCAACGUGGCGGUGGGUGUAUCUCUGUUACUGGUGGGUAUCGUGGCGCUGAACCGUGUGCGUAUGGAGAUCCCUCUGGAGAAGGAGAACCAGGACAAGCUGGUGAAGUUUAUGAUCCGUAUUGGGGUUUUCUCUGUGCUCUACCUGGUACCUCUGCUCACGGUGAUAUCCUGCUACCUGUAUGAACACAGCAACAGGGCUGUCUGGGAGAUCACCUGGGUCCAGGAGCGCUGCAGAGACUACCACAUACCCUGUCCCUACCAGGUUGAGCAGACAAGUCACCCAGAUCUGACCCUGUUCCUCAUUAAGUACAUGAUGAUGCUGGUGGUGGGGAUUCCUUCGGUUUUCUGGGUAGGCAGCAAGAAGACCUGCUUCGAAUGGGCCAGCUUCCUACAAGGACGCAGACGCAAAGAUAGUGGGGUGAAUGAGAGCAGACAGGUGCUCCAGGAGCCAGACUUUGCCCAAUCUCUACUGAGAGACCCCCACACCCCCAUCAUCAGGAAAUCACGGGGAACCUCCACCCAGGGCACCUCCACCCACGCCUCUUCCACUCACCUGGCCAUUCUGGAAGAGCCUGAUGACCCUAGACACGCCCCCGACGACCGUGGACCAAUCCACUCUCUGGGCCACGCCUCUUCCACCCGCAGCAAGGCUGGCAGCAUGCACAGCAAGACCAGUUACCAUGGCAGCCUGCAUCGCUCCCGAGAUGGACGCUACACCCCCUGUAGUUACAGAGGCGGCGAGGAGCAAACAAUACCCCCCCACAGCAGCAUGCCUCACCUCGACCAUCCGCUGUCCACUCACAGCAGCCUCCACCGACUGGAAUCCCAAUCACGGCACAGUAGCCAGCGUGAUCUCGUCGUUGCCUCACCCACCCGUAUCACCCACGGGACGAGCGGUGGCCGCGUCGCUAAUGAUAACGAUGGAGCCAGCGCCUGACCGGAAUCAGGAAAUGUCAUCACCGCGGAACAGGAAGUUGUGAGUUGUUGACCCGCUCCCCACCUUUGACAGACACAUAGGUUCCUCACAUUCAGGAGGAGGGGUGUGAGGGGGUGUGGCCUUCAGUUUAACUGACAGAUGGAUCACUCCUGGACAGCCUUUCACUGAGGUUGCUAAUUAGCGAGAUGCUAAUUGCUAACCCUCAGUCAAGCAGUUGACAUUGGACUGGGCUCCCUACGGAGAGACUGGUUACAGAGAGCCAGCCCACUAUGGAUGACGUGGGUUGUGUACAGGGGUUGCAACCAAAAUUAUUUUCAUUCCAUUUAACUGUUCCAAUCAUCAAAAUAAAGUUAUGAACUGGUUCGAAUCCCCCAAAAAGUAUGUUUUAUAUAGGCCCUUUCUGUUCCUUUUUUAAAUCUCCAAAUGUUUUAUUUUUUAAAAACAUUUAGCUCGACAUUAAAUGACUUCACCAAUGAAUGGAGCAGCUUGCUAUGGAGUGCUGGGCAUGAAGAGCUGGGCAUCUUGUUGUUAUGACAUACAUUAUCUGAAUUAGGCCCACAGAAUUAUACCUACGGAGGAGGAGCUUCUAUGAAGGAACUUUGAAUGUCUUUGAACUUCAGAGAGUUGGGUUGACUAACGUUGAACCAGAGCUAGCCCUUGACCAUGACUCGUUUCCAUGACAUUACACAUAAUUCCGCCUAGACCAGCGCUAGCUAGCUAGCGAACACACUUGUGUGUGCAGAGCGGCACCAGAGAUAAAAUGUAAAAAAACUGCAUUUUGUAGUUAAUAAAUCCAAUGUGAAACCUGAUAACUAUCCUUAACUACCAUUGAACAAGUUAAUCCAUUGUUCUCUAAUAAAAAUAUCUGAAUCAUUUUCAGCUGGCAGGCAGGCAGACACUGGAAUACGUUUCUGAGUGACAAAGCGAGGGCUUUGCAUAGGUGCUUGGUUGCAUUUUUUUGUGGGACUGGAAAAAAAAUGCCUGGAAAGUAAAAACAUUAUUAACCGGUUCCCAUUCUUUUAAAAUAACGGUUCUGAUCCGGAACAGUAUAGAUCACUUUCGUUCUCGGUUAUGUCCCUUGAAAUGUUUAGUUCUUUUACGGUUUUCGGUUCUGUUCCCUGAACUGGUUCCAACCCCUGGUUGUGUGUGUACUCUGAUACACACAAAGCGAUUAGGAGAUGAGCUGUCAAUGUCUGUGUUACGGUGCUCUUGUGCUGUGGCUUUGAAACUACUAUUAUUAUUUUUUCUACUGUGAAGAUUGGCUGUGAAUACUGCUGAAAAGAUGAGCGACGAGUAUUUGUGUGCUUGCGCGUGUACAUGCAGUGCGGUACAUUAAACCGCGUUAUACUCCCACCAGGUGGAGAAAAAGGAGAGGAGCGUAUAAGAGAGGAAGUGAAGGAAGCUAGGGGAGAAGGUGUAGCUUUGAAACAACCCUUAGGCACUCCUGUAUUCAUAUGGUCAUUCCUUCACCUUGCCUUCCGAUGGGCUCGGUGGAAUUCAUACCAUAUUGCUGCUGGAGUUCAUUGGGAAUAGUUUCAAUUUGGCAUUCAGAAAGCUAUGGAAGAAUGAUCAAAAGGGAAGGAAAGGGAGGGAGGGCGCACAGUUUGCUGCUGCUCCAGAGCUUUGCAGAGGAAUGUGUG